AUGAACCACGACUUCCGCGAGAGGUGGACAGAGGAUCUCUGGGACUGGGGCUUUGGGCGCACAUCCAUUUCUGUGUACGAGUCUGAGACGGAGCUCUACGCAUGGCAGCAUUGGGAAAGGCCGUACGUGGUGGUUUGGCUGCAUGGCAUGCAUCAAGGGCCCGCCGAUGCCGGGACACUUCGCAAAAUCCAACGCAGGCUCUGGCGGCGAGUGAUCUUUGUCGUGCCUACCAACCCGGAGCCAACCGAUGACGGAAUGCACUUCAGUUGGGGAUGCACCUUCACCAAGAAGCAGAACAAGCAG